GUGGAACAGAAUACGUUGAUGCAAAGUACUAGAAUCACAAAUGUAAAACCAAUUCGCCAACAAUUUCUUUUACUUGGUUUUGUGAUUGGGUGCAUGGCAGUAUGGUUCAUGAAUUUUAGCUGUUUCAAAUUCAUCCUGGUUUUCCGGUUAAGUCGAACUUCAGUUGGUUUUGGCAUUUUGCUUAUAAGUUUUGCAGAACUCUGCUGGUGUUGCAAGAGCAAGAAUAAACCCACCUAGAAUGGCGAUUGAAUGCCUCGUUUUAGGGGCAGGGCAAGAGGUGGGAAAAAGCUGCGUGGCGGUGACUAUAAUCAGCAAGAGAAUAAUGUUUGAUUGUGGGAUGCAUAUGGGAUAUCUGGAUCACCAUCGAUAUCCUGACUUCUCACUGACCCCUCGCAAUGCUGCUGAAGAUUUUACUAGCUCCCUCAGUUGCAUCAUUAUCACACAUUUCCACUUGGAUCAUAUUGGUGCACUUCCUUAUUUCACUGAAGUAUGUGGAUAUAAGGGACCCAUUUACAUGACGGUAAUUUUCUCAUUCUUUUUGGGAAUCCUUAUUGAAACCACUGAAGUAAUUAUUGAAGUUCAAACUUCGUGUAAAACAAGAACAGAGUUUACUGGUUCUGUGGUUCUUUUUAAAGUUAAUGAACCAGUAAAAAAAACAACAAACUUGCUAGCAAUUUCAGCACUAAUAUUGCUUGUACAUAGCAGAUAG